AGCAGCUGUGGAGUGGAAUCGGCGUCAGACUCGAUUCCUCCUCCUCCUCUUCCUCCGAAACCUGCCACUUGCCGCGGCCCCAACCACCCCUUUGACGGGAGCCUUGCCCCGCGCGGGACCGCGGCUCCAGCCUGCCGCUGCCGGGCCGCGCAGCCCACCCGCCCGUCCGCGCCCCCGCGCUGCCCCGUAGCCCCUGCGGAGGGCCGAGCCCUGAGAUGGAGAGCAAAGCGCUGCUGCUGGUGGUGCUGGGCUUGUGCUUCCAGAGUCUGACCGCCCCCCGCCAAGGGGUGGCCGCCGCCGACAAAAUUACAGAAGGAAGAGAUUUUGUAGAUAUUGAAAGUAAAUUUGCCCUAAGGACCCCUGAAGACAUAGCUGAGGACACUUGCCACCUCAUUCCUGGAGUGACAGAGUCGGUGGCCACCUGCCACUUCAACCACAGCAGCAAAACCUUCGUGGUGAUCCAUGGCUGGACGGUGACUGGAAUGUAUGAGAGUUGGGUGCCAAAGCUCGUGGCCGCCCUCUACAAGAGAGAACCAGACUCCAACGUCAUCGUGGUGGACUGGCUGUCGCGGGCCCAGCAGCAUUACCCAGUGUCCGCCGGGUACACCAAGUUGGUGGGAAAGGAUGUGGCCAGGUUCAUCAACUGGAUGGCGGAGGAAUUUAACUACCCUCUGGACAAUGUCCAUCUCUUGGGAUACAGCCUUGGGGCCCAUGCUGCUGGCAUCGCAGGAAGUCUGACCAAUAAGAAAGUCAAUAGAAUUACUGGCUUAGAUCCAGCUGGACCUAACUUUGAGUAUGCAGAAGCUCCCAGUCGUCUUUCUCCUGACGAUGCGGAUUUUGUAGAUGUCUUACACACGUUCACCAGAGGAUCACCUGGCCGAAGUAUUGGGAUCCAGAAACCAGUAGGGCACGUUGACAUUUAUCCUAAUGGAGGCACUUUUCAACCAGGAUGUAACAUUGGGGAAGCUAUUCGAGUGAUUGCAGAGAGAGGCCUUGGAGAUGUGGACCAGCUGGUGAAGUGCUCCCACGAACGUUCCAUUCACCUCUUCAUUGACUCUCUGUUGAAUGAAGAAAACCCAAGCAAGGCCUACCGGUGCAAUUCAAAGGAAGCCUUCGAGAAAGGGCUCUGCCUGAGUUGCAGAAAGAACCGGUGUAACAACUUGGGCUACGAGAUCAAUAAGGUCAGAGCCAAAAGAAGCAGCAAGAUGUACCUGAAGACACGUUCUCAGAUGCCCUACAAAGUCUUCCAUUACCAAGUAAAGAUACAUUUUUCUGGGACUGAGAGUGAUACACAGACUGACCAGGACUUCGAGAUCUCUCUGUAUGGCACUGUGGCCGAAAGUGAGAACAUCCCUUUCACCCUGCCUGAAGUUUCCACAAAUAAGACAUACUCAUUUCUAAUUUACACGGAGGUGGAUAUUGGGGAGCUGCUAAUGCUCAAACUCAAGUGGAAGACUGAUUCGUACUUCAGCUGGUCAGACUGGUGGGGCAGCCCCAGCUUUGCCAUCGAGAAGAUCAGAGUGAAGGCAGGAGAGACUCAAAAAAAGGUGAUCUUCUGCUCCAGGCAGAAGGUGUCUCAUCUAAAGAAAGGAAAGUCGUCGGCGGUGUUUGUGAAAUGCCACGACAAGUCCCUGAGUAAAAAGUCUGGCUGAACUGGGCAAAUCUACAGAAGGAAGAGCAGCACAUGAAUUCAGUGAAGAAUGAAGCAACUUUUACAAGAGGCACCCAGUGAUUUGGGUGGUUAAAUGGAUUUUCUUGAGUAUUAAUCCUAGCUCUAUCCUUGCUAAUUAUUUUAGGAGACGGUCUCAAAACCCAAAAACUGGCUAAUUCAAUUUGAGGAGUAUAGUGGCCAAAAAGCAUGUCUUCUAACAUUAAAAGAUAGCAGAUCUGAAUGGCACUCCAUAUUGUCCUUUGAGAAAGAAAUGAGAAUUUCUUGGGCCGAUAGUAAAAUAAUAAGGCUUCCUUACAUAGUGAGUUUAGCUAUAGCCUAACACUCAGUAGAGCUUCAUAUUUUAAUAGGAAUUCUGCAUUUUCUGGACUGACACCUUCUCAAAAUUUUCUCCAAGUCUGAAUAUAAAAGAUGAUAUUGUGUGGCAUGAGUAGACCCAUUUACUUACUGAUUAAAACACCUGACUUUUUUGAGAUGGGUCUCCUCUUGCCAUUGAGAUGUACCCCAGACAUUAACAAGGAACUAGUGACUUGGAAAGAUGAAUGGAAAAUGUAGUUGAUAAAGCACUAAACCUUUGAACACUCCCUGCAGCUGGUUACAUCAUAGCUAAGUUAUGAAUUACAGGAGAUAUAAAAUUUAGAUCAAUGAAGUCUUAAUGGGCUUUUCAGUUUAUUGCUUAACCUCUCCCCUCUUUUUCUGGCUUUGUCCCAAGAUUACAUUUCUCUGAGUAAGCAUUUAAAAUGAGCCUGUUAUUCUCACCCAACACAUAAUUUUAACUAUGGAGAAAGCAAAUAAUGCCAUAUCAGAUUUCUAAGUUAUAUUCAUUGGUUUGAAGUCAUUAGUAUCUGAUAGUUACUGUUCAAUUUUAAGUUUACCUUAGUCAUACUUUGAGCAUCUCUUCCUUCCCUGGUUUCAGUAAGAAAAUAUUUGUUCGAGGUCAAAUUUUACAUCAUGCAAAAACACAUCUUAGACAAGGACCACUUUUACUAAGUAAAUAAAUGGAAAAGUUACUGGGAUAUAUUCCUAAACAGUGCUUAAAACCAUUGUGGAUGAUUAAAAGAAACUUCAAUUGCUAUAGCCACCUGAAAAGCCAUGAGAGUUGUUUUUAACAACGAGUCAAGAGUGCAUGAACAACUAUUUAUAAACUAGAUCUCAUAAUUCCAGAAUGCUUUUCUAUAUAUUGAUAUAAAUUAGUAAAGAAGUCAAAUGUCUCAGAGGCUACUGCUGGGAAUUUAGACUGUGAACAUGUGUGGUUAUCUGAACAUAAACUCACACAUAAAGCCCCGCAUGCUUAUUAUUCAGUGUGGCUUGGAAGGUAAACACUCGAGACGUAUUGGAACACGUUAGAGUAGCAGUUGUUCCAGAGGUGCCGGAAUUUCAGCCCUUCAUCUGAGUGAUUUGGCUCUGCCUAGAAAAAGUAGGACAAACAUUGUGACUGAUACCAGCCAGCUUGGAAUGGAUUCUCUCUAAAAAUAAAAUGUUGUGCGAUU